AUGCCAUGGCUGGGAUUCGAACCCACGUCUCUCACAUUGGAAGACGAGAGUCAUAACCACAGGACCACGACGCCCCCACAGGAAAUAGUCAAAGGUGGUGGAAACAGUGCUGAAUCUUUCACUGUCCGAUUAGUCAAUGGGUCAGGUGAAUUCGAAGGUCGUAUCGAGGUCAUGUACGACAACGCGUUUGGUUCCGUUUGCGCCAACGAUGACUGGGACUACGAAAGUGCGCAUGUGAUUUGUACAUCCCUCGGUUACAGUAAGGCAAACGUGAUCAGCUAUGACGACAUAUUCGGAGGGCAAGCAACAACCGUCCACUUUAAGAAGCUUGGUUGUACAGGGGACGAAAAGAACGUAUCAUUUUGCCCUUUUGAAAUCGACAAUGGUACAUGCAGGAGUCACGGUUACGCCGAUGCCAGUGUCGCCUGUAAACGAGGUUCUAGUGACACGAUGUCAGUCCGCUCUCGAGGAGGGGCUCUCAUUAAUGAAGGUAACGUUUAUGUCCAAUAUCGAGGGAACUUGGAUUCUUUCUGUGGUAAGCCUAGUUGGGAUUACAAACAAGUUGAUAUCAUAUGCAGAGGACUCGGAUUCAAGCGAGCUGACAUUGUCAUCCGUGAAAGUGGUGUUUUUGAAUCGACGGACGAGACUACAGAACCGAUAUACAAUGAGACUCUACAGGUUCGUCUGUCUGGCGGUAGUGGCGAACACGAAGGACUUGUCGAGGUAUUUCAUGCCAGAGUCUGGGGCAAGAUCUGCGCUAAUAACCUAUGGAAAUACGAGUCCGCUGACGUCGUAUGCCGGCACCUAGGCUAUGACCAUGCUUUUGUCAUCUACUACGACGAUACGUUCUCCAAUGAUACGACACUCGUGCAGUUUGAUCAGGUAGACUGCGCAGGCUCGGAAACCAAUCUUGCGUCAUGCACAUCUUAUAGAUAUGAAGAAGGGUACUGUAAAGAUAGUGCUGGAGAGGGCGCAGGUGUGACAUGUGUAUCAAGUGAGACGCCUGAAGUAAGGGUCAGGCUGGAAGGGGGAAACGGAUCUCAUCACGGACUAGUCGAGAUCUUCCUUAAAGAUGACUGGCGGAAAGUGUGCGGUAAAGGAUUUAAUUUCCAUAAUGGGGACAUUGUCUGCCGUUCUCUUGGAUAUGACAGAGCUUUCAUGAUAAUGGAGAAUGGCAGUAUGGUAUUCCCAACACAAAGUGGUACAGCAAUCUUCAUUGACAAGUUACAUUGUACUGGUGAGGAGCACGAUAUCACUGAGUGCAGAGCGUACCGUCUGAAGGAGAGGUGUGAUUCUACGUAUGGUCCCGCCGCUGCAUUUUGUGGACCAGGUUAA